GAAAUCCUAAUUUUAUAAAUAUAUAUUAUAUUACGAUUAAGUCACAGUAUAAGACUGUGAUUAAGUGCUAAAAGAGACGUUUAUUUACGAGUUUCAAGAUUAUUCGUGUACUGUGAUACUGGCUGUGCUAUAUAGAAUAAGUUAUGUGUUGAUAGCCCACCUACAUUAAAAUGAAAUGUUAUGUACCGGGGCCCAACGUUAAAGUCUUAGGGAGAACAGUGCACGCUUUAGCCAGAUUUGGAGAUGAACUUUACUUGGAAUCACUACCAGAUAGUAUUUUAUUAAGAACACUAAACGCAGCAGAGUCUGCUUAUGCUAUGGUAAAAUUCAAUAAAAAUUUCUUUUCAUAUUUCAAUUACAAUUAUUAUUCUACUGAAGAUAAUGAAGGAUUGAAAUGCAAGAUAUCAAUGAAAUCAGCUUUAAACAUAUUUAAGUCUCCCACACACAUGGACAAACAAGUUGAAAACUUAGAGAUAAAACUAGAUGCAGAUGCUUGUAAAUUAAUCUUUCAGUUGAAAUGUAAACAUGGGAUUGUGAAGACACACUUCGUAACAAUAUUAGAUUGUAAAGCUAUGCAAGCGGUUUACACCAAAGAUUUGGUACCUAACAGAAUCACUUCUCCACAAAGAAUACUAUCAGAAGCCAUAAGUAACUUCCAAAAUUCAGAUGACCAAGUCACUAUUGAAGCUACAACCCAAUCAUUUGUGCUUAGAAACUAUGUAGAUUCAAACAUAGACUUAUCAAAGAUCAUCAGGACACAAAUAAAUCUUAAGUCAGCUGAAUUUGAUAGCUACAUAAUUGAUGAAGAGACAACUAUCACAUUUUCUUUUAAAGAAUUUAAAGCUUUACUAGCAUUUGCAGAAGCUCUUAAUUUGCCUCUACAACUUCAUUUUGAAACUACAGGACGACCUGUAGUUUUCAUUGUACACAAUGGUGCAACAUUUGAAGCUCAUUUUGUUCUAGCCACAUCUAAAGCUGAUACCCCAACCCAAGCAACUGCUACUCAAAACACUACAAAAACAGAAAGAAGUAAGAGAAAAGAUGACAGUAUUCAGAAUACAGUAAGAAAGAAACCACAUUUAGAGACAGACAUAACCAAAUGCCUAGAUGAAGAUUCACAUUUAUUUGAUUUUAUUGAUAUACCAGAAGAUAACAAUGGAAAAAACCUUCAAAGUAAAAACUUUACUUUGAAUGCAAGUAAACAAAAUGAUUUGGAUUUUAGUAAUGCAAUGGAGUGUGAUAAUAUUCCAGCAUCACCAACGUCUAAGACAAUGAUCAAAUCUGUAUUUAAGAGAUGUUUUGAAAACACUUUUGACCCUCGAGCUAUUCAAGGUGUGGUUUUAGCCGAGAACUCUGAUAGUGAGUAGUUGUUUACUUCUUUGGACUGAUUUGUUGUUAAUAAAAUAGUUUGUUUUAUGUAAA